AUGGAAGCGAUUGAAAAAGGUGAUGGAGGUGUGUUUUUUGUAUAUGGUUAUGGUGGAACUAGAAAGACAUUUCUUUGGAAGACAUUCUUAGCUGCAUUACGAUCAAAAAGUGAAGUUGUAUUGAAUGUUGCAUCCAGUGGAAUUGCUUCACUUUUGCUGGAUGGUGGUAGAACUGCUCAUUCAAGGUUUGUAAUUCCAAUCAACAUUAAUGAGAAUACUGAGUUAGGUGAUUUAACUAAAAGAGCAACAUUGAUUAUUUGGGAUGAAGCACCUAUGACUCACAAGCAUUGUUUCGAGGCUCUUGAUAGAACAAUGAGAGACAUAUCACGUUCCAGUCAACCGAACAUGCAAUCUAAGCCAUUUGGGGGAAAGGUAAUUCUAUUUGGUGGUGAUUUUAGACAAAUUCUUCCGGUCAUCCCUAAAGGUACCAGAACAAUGAUAGUCGAUGCUUCUUAUAUAUGGCGGCACUGUCAAAUACUAAAGCUAACUGAGAAUAUGAGAUUAAGAGUUGGUUGUCAGGAAGCAGAUUUGAAAGAAAUAAAGGAAUUUGGAGAAUGGAUUUUAAAGCUUGGUGAUGGUCUGCUUGGUGAAGAAAAUGAUGGUGAGAUUGAUAUUGAAAUACCAGAUGAUUUACUUAUUCAUGACCAAGUCAAUCCUAUUUCUUCUCUCAUUUCAUUUAUAUAUCCGGACAUGAAUAAGUUUUUGUGGGAUUUAACGUAUUUCCAACAAAGAGCGAUUCUUGCUCCAACUAAUGAAGUAGUGGAUUCAAUAAAUAAAGAGUUAUUAGAGAGUCUGCCUGGUGAAGAAAAGGUUUAUUUUAGUUCAGAUAGUUUAUGCCAAUCGGAAGAAGAAUCAGAGCUUAAUAUGGCAUUGUUUCCUCCUGAUGUGUUAAACAAUCUUCGUUUAUCUGGUUUACCUAACCAUAAAUUAGUACUGAAACUUGGUGCUCCACUGAUGUUACUCAGAAACAUUGAUCAUGCAAAUGGAUUGUGUAAUGGUACCCGUUUACAAGUCACGAAGCUCGGAAAAGUUGUGAUUGAAGCAAAAAUUAUCACAGGGACUAAUAUAGGUCAUCAUACUUUGAUUUCAAGACUGAAGAUGACACCUUCUGAUAAAAGAAUAGCAGUGAAGAUUUCUCGAAGACAAUUCCCACUUUCACUGUGUUUUGCUAUGACAACAAAUAAAAGUCAAGGACAAUCAUUGGAGCGUGUUGGUUUAUAUCUUCCACGUCCAUUGUUUAGUCAUGGCCAGCUCUAUGUUGAUGUAUAUAGAGUAAAAAGUAGGAAUGGGUUAAAAAUUUUGAUUUGUGAUAAAGAGAAACGAGUCUGUACAACCACUACUAAUGUGGUUUACAAAGAAGUUUUACAAAAUCUAUGA